CCGCCGCGGGUAGCUCCCAGCGCAGUAGCUGAUUGGUCGGUGGGGGCGCAGGCUGAUGGCGUCGCUCUGUGGCGCCGCGGUGGCAGUGGCGGCCCCCGGGCGAAGGCCGCCUAUGUGAGCGGGCCUAUGGCCCCGGCGUGCCCUCGGCUGCGGGACGUGGCGGCGGCACAAGGCCUCCCUACACUUCGUCAUGAGUUUCCUCAUCGAUUCCAGCAUCAUGAUCACGUCCCAGAUACUAUUCUUUGGAUUUGGAUGGCUUUUCUUUAUGCGCCAACUAUUUAAAGAUUACGAGGUCCGUCAAUAUGUCGUGCAGGUGAUCUUCUCUGUCACUUUCGCAUUUUCUUGCACCAUGUUUGAGCUCAUCAUCUUUGAGAUCUUAGGCGUACUGAAUAGCAGCUCCCGUUAUUUUCAUUGGAAAAUGAACCUGUGUGUCAUCCUGCUGAUCCUCGUGUUCAUGGUGCCUUUUUACAUUGGCUUUUUUAUUGUAAGCAACAUUCGACUAUUGCACAAACGGCGGCUGCUUUUUUCCUGUCUCUUAUGGCUGACCUUUAUGUAUUUCUUCUGGAAACUAGGAGAUCCAUUUCCUAUUCUCAGUCCAAAACAUGGGAUCUUGUCCAUAGAGCAGCUCAUCAGCCGGGUCGGUGUGAUCGGGGUAACCCUCAUGGCGCUCCUCUCUGGAUUCGGUGCUGUCAACUGCCCGUACACGUACAUGUCCUACUUCCUCAGGAAUGUGACCGACACAGAUAUUCUUGCCCUGGAACGGCGACUGCUCCAGACCAUUGACAUGAUCAUAAGCAAGAAGAAAAGGAUGGCCAUGACACGGAGAACUAUGUUCCAGAAGGGGGAGGUGCAGAACAAGCCUUCAGGAUUCUGGGGCAUGAUAAAAAGCGUCACCACUUCAACUCCAGGAAGCGAGAAUCUGACGCUUAUUCAGCAGGAAGUGGAUGCAUUGGAAGAACUAAGCAGGCAGCUUUUUCUGGAAACUGCUGAUCUCUAUGCUACCAAGGAGAGAAUAGAAUAUUCCAAAACCUUCAAAGGGAAAUAUUUUAAUUUUCUGGGUUACUUUUUCUCAAUCUACUGUGUUUGGAAAAUUUUCAUGGCGACCAUCAAUAUUGUUUUUGACCGAGUUGGGAAGACUGAUCCUGUCACCAGAGGCAUUGAAAUCACUGUGAAUUACCUGGGGAUACAAUUUGAUGUGAAGUUUUGGUCACAGCAUAUCUCCUUCAUCCUCGUUGGAAUCAUCAUCGUCACCUCUAUUAGAGGCUUACUGAUCACCCUGACUAAGUUCUUUUACGCCAUCUCCAGCAGUAAAUCCUCCAAUGUCAUUGUCCUGCUACUAGCACAAAUAAUGGGGAUGUACUUUGUGUCUUCCUUGCUGCUGAUCCGGAUGAGCAUGCCUCUGGAGUACCGCAUCAUCAUCACUGAAGUCCUCGGGGAGCUGCAGUUCAACUUCUACCAUCGCUGGUUUGAUGUGAUCUUCCUGGUCAGCGCACUCUCCAGCAUCCUGUUCCUCUACCUGGCGCACAAGCAGGCGCCCGAGAAGCACAUGAUGCCUUGAGCUGACCAGGACAACUCUUCGUCCCUCGCUCUCUCCUUUCACUGUGGGCUGGCAGCAUCACAGCUUGGAUAGAAGUUGGGGGAGAGAGGGGAACAGUUCCUCUUUUUUUUUU